AGGAGCCGCUGUAAUGGGUCACAUGGUAGUAUAGCAGUUUGAGUCGAGAGCUCUAAUCGAAACAGUCAUCCAACGAAUCUCUCUGGCAGAGGAUAACUUUCUACUCCUUGCUAUCGUUUCCGUCAAGAAAAUACAUAUUUUGUAUGCUAUAGACUUAGGCUUUGUAUACAUAGACUUAGGCCUAUCUUUAGCCUACGGAAGGAAAAAAAACAUCUGACUGAGAUUUUUGGAGCGCUCUACGGAAAGAAAAAGAUACGGAAUUCCGAACGUUCGAGUCAUUCUGAAGCGAAGAAAAUUGGCUACAAUCUUUGGUUUGAUUCCGGGCUUUAAAAAAAAACGAAUACAUUUGAAUUUAUGUGAUUAGUCUGGUUGGCAACAGCUGUUGCGCUAUAGAUGUAAUCUGCGGAACUAGUAGGCCUAAAUGCGUUUGCCGACUAUUUUCUGAACGCUUCAAUUCAUUGAUCAUAGUAUCAACUAGCGACCGAAAAAGUUGCUAAAAACAAGCUAACACGUCAUCAGACUUCAGGUUGCUAGAAGGGGAUUUCAUUCAGAGGACAUGGAAUCUACAAAAGCAGGGGGUGUAAUAGCCUACAUCAGCUCCUCUAGCCCUGAGUCAUGUCAUAGUGACUCAAAUGACUGCAGCUAUAACUCCUCCCACAGCUGUCGCCAGGACAACGUGGUGAACAAGCCCCUAAACAUGGCAGGCCUCACCCUCCCGCUGGCCCACACUAUCGCAAAGACCGGACGCUCGGCCUCCACUGCAAAAUGCGACAUUACUAAAAUCAACGGCCUGGUGCUGUUGUGUAAGGUGUGCGGAGACAUUGCAUCUGGAUUCCACUAUGGGGUUCAUGCCUGUGAGGGCUGCAAGGGUUUCUUCCGUCGGAGCAUCCAGCAGAACAUCCAGCAGAACAUCCAGCAGAACAUCCAGUAUAAGAAAUGCCUGAAGAACGAGAGCUGUGCCAUCAUGAGGAUCAACAGGAACCGCUGCCAGCAGUGUCGCUUCAAGAAGUGUCUGCUUGUUGGCAUGUCCAAGGACUCUGUGCGUUUCGGCCGCAUCCCAAAGCGUGAGAAGCAGCGCAUGCUGCUAGAGAUGCAGAGUGCCGUGAACAACAUGAUGAACAACAGCCAGCUACACAGCCAGUUCCACUGCAACACACCCUUCCCCCUGGCCAAUCAGCUUCAGUCGCCAGCCUGCCCCGUGGAGCCCCGCCCCCAAUAUGUUGAUUCUGGCCUAGGCUCCGUCCCCUCCUCCACCUCUCCCGCUGCUUCCCCCAGGUCCAACCAAUCUGAGGAGACCAGCUCCGACCGCGAGCCUGCGGUCACCAAGAAUAAAAUCCCCAGCCCUAACUCUGUGUCGCCAUCGAGUGCUUCAGACUGCGGGUCAAAGGAGGUGAUUGGCUCGGUGACCCGGGCCCACCAGGAGACCUUCAUUUACAACCAGGAGCAAGGUAGCCCUUCCCCCCAGUCCCAGGCCUACGCCCAGCUGACCUCCCCGGGGGCGGAGCAACAUGUCAGUGACACUGGAAAGAGGAUAGACGAGAGGAACCGGAACCAACAGGAGGCCGGGAACCAGCAGAUUAAGAACCAGAACCACCAAAAUGACCUGGCCUCAUUCACAGCCGCUCAGGCCCAUUACCAGGCUCAGGAGAGGCCCACCAACACUGGGCCUCAGGGUACUGACAGCCACCAUCGCCAGGAGGACCACACCACCAGCCUUAGCGAGAACUCCUGCCCCUACAGCAGGGACAGACUGCCCACCUGCUCCCCUAGUGGCCACUGCCCAUCCUACGCCCAACAUGGCCUGAGAGGAGGCAACAACAGCACUAGCCAGGCCACCUCCAAUUCCCAUGGAGGAUUCAGUGGACUACUGUGGAACAGGGGCAACAGGAUGCAUCUGCUGUGUCCCAUGAACACGUCUCCCCAUGUGAACCCCCAUAAUUUAGGCCAUGGGAUCUGGGAGGAGUUCAGCCACAGUUUCACCCCAGCUGUCAGGGAGGUGGUGGAAUUUGCCAAGCGGAUCCCAGGCUUCAGAGACCUCUCCCAACAUGACCAGGUCAGCCUGCUCAAGGCUGGUACCUUUGAGGUGCUAGUGGUUCGCUUUGCGUCCCUGUUUGACGUGAAAGACCGCACAGUGACGUUUCUGGGUGGUAACAAGUACAGCGUGGAGACGUUACAAGCCAUGGGCGCCGGCGACUUCCUGACCUCCAUGAUGGACUUCAGCGACAAGCUGAUGGGGCUCGGCCUCAGCGAGGAGGAAAUGAGCCUGUUCACCGCUGUUGUCCUCAUCUCUGCCGAUCGCUCAGGGAUUGAGAACGUAAACUCUGUGGAGGCUCUUCAGGAGACUCUGAUCCGGCACCUGAGGGGCCUUAUCACUAAGAACCACCCUAACGAGUCGGCCAUAUUCACCAAGCUGCUCCUCAGACUGCCCGACCUCCGCUCCCUCAAUAACAUGCACUCUGAGCAGCUGCUGGCCUUCAAGGUCCAUCCCUAGACCAGAACUAAGGUCAGAACCUGCAGUGUAUUCAUUAGGCACCAAAUGGAAGAACAUUUACUGAAAUGGGGAGGUACUACCUGAACUUGUCCAAUAAGAAAUGCUUGUCGUUGUCGUCGUCCCACCCCCCAUUGCAAAACCUUUUGCUAAGGUGUACCCUAAUGAAUAUGACCAUGGACACUGAGCCUGAGGACCACAAAGCCCAUUUAUCCACCCACCCUGACACACCUCGACCAGCUAUCCCAAUGAUCUAUGAACCCUGACCUCCCAAGACAAGCCUCUUAUUCUGCCACUCACUUCACGUGAUCUUUUCCUUCACAAACAAGUUGAACUAGUGGGCAAAUGUGUCACGGUUACAGGGGAGGGAGGCUUAAGACUUAAAAGUUAUCGUACUGUGAGGCUAAAAGGCCUUUAUUGUUGAAGUAAUAACCAUGAACGUAAACGUUCAGACGCAAGCAGAAGAUGGAUGUGUAAUGUUUCUUUGUCUCGUUUCUGUGUGUGCAGGACAAGUUUGCGACUGUACAACUCUUCUUAGAGAAUAACCUUUCAUUAACAUUGUGUAAUGUGCAUUUUUGCAUAAUUUGUGCAAUAUGAUAUGUGACUGACUAUUUAGACUUUUUGUUUAGCUUUUCUACAGCAGGCUCCCUAACCCUGUUCCCGAAGAGCUAACCUCCUGUAGGUUUUUAUUAAUUUAACCUUUAUUUAACUAGGCGAGCCAGUUAAGAACAAAUUCUUAUUUACAAUGACGGCCUACACCGGCCAAACCCGGACGACGCUGGGCCAAUUGUGCGCUG